AUGGCUGAAAUCAAACCGGACAACACGCCGAGCGUGCGGUCUAUGCCGUCCGACCCCGAAAAAGAUGUCAACCUUACUACAGUAGAUAGGGAUGAGUAUAUCGAUCCCAAGAUUGAGAAAUCUCUGGUGCGCAAAUUCGACCUCUUGAUUUUGCCAAUGUGCGCACUGGUCUACUACAGUCAUACACUUGACCGCGCCAAUCUGGGAAAUGCAAAGACCAUGGGCAUUGAGACAAGUCUACACAUGGUGGGCAAUCAGUAUUCACUCGUGCUCAUUCUGUUCUAUAUUCCCUAUGGUCUGUGCAAUAUUCCUGCAGCUCUAUUGGCCAAACGCUUCAACCCCGCAAGAGUGAUUCCAAUUAUGAUGGGUUGCUGGGGUUCGCUCUCGAUGAUCACUGCUGCUACGACAAAUUUUGGUGGAUUGGUAGCGUUGCGAAUCCUCAUCGGGGUCGUGGAAGCAAGUUUCAUGCCUUGCGUGUAUCUGUAUUACUCUCUGUUUUACAAGCGAAAAGAACUUGCUCUGAGGUCGGCAGCUUGGGGAUUCACGGGUUUCAUAGCAGGCGCAACGAGUGGUCUUAUCUCCUGGGAUGUUUCUCAGUGGCAUCGAUCUCUAUCUGGCUGGCAAUAUCUAUUCCUGAUUGAGGGCGGCAUGACUGUCGGCCUCGCAAUCAUCAUUUUCUUCGUCCUUCCCCGUGACACAAAUUCGAGAUUAUUCACACCAGAGGAACGGCGCGUUGCACAAAUCCGACUGCUCCGUGAAUCUGAGGAGGAGGGCGCAGGUGAAAUCUCGUGGGAUGUGGCUUUCCAGGUAUUCCGUAAUUGGCAAGUAUGGGCUUUUUCUGCCAUGGCAUUUCUUUGCGGAGUGGGCGUUGCGAGUGCGUCGAACUUCCUCCCGACUAUGGUGAAACGCAUUGCGCAAUCUACGCCUCAAGGGAAUCUUUAUACCGUCGGGCCGAAUCUCGUUGCAGCGUUUGUGCAAAUUGUUUCUUCGUGGAUAUCUGACCGCUACCAGCAACGUGCUCUGGUCGGAUUCUGUACACUACUCGUGUCGAUGAUCGGGUUUAUCCUUCUUGCUACCCUCGACCUUGUACAUCACACUCACGUGGGCUAUUUCCUGACUUAUUUGAUCACCUUUGGCACAUAUAUGCCGGAGCUGCUGAUGCCUAUUUGGAUGACCAGCAAUCUGACGAGAGCCUCUGCGCGAGCCGUUGCACUCGGUAUCUUCAUUGGUGGGCAGAAUAUCGGUGGUAUAUUGUCAAGUGCGGUUUUCAGGGAGCAGUAUGCGCCUGUCUAUGCGCCUGCUUUGAUCACCGUGGCAAUUUGCCAGGGGCUUUUGUUAGUGGGUUUGCUCGUCAUGAGGCAGUUUUAUGUUUACCAGAAUAAGAAGCUAGCUCGUGGAGAGUUGGCGCCACCCAAGGGCAUGGAGAAUAACCCGGACUUCCGAUAUGCUUUUUGA